CGGAGCCCCGAGACAGAGGCCGAAGGGGGCGCGCGCUGCUAGGAAGCGCCGGGGGUGGGGUUGCCUGCGCCCGCCUUACCCGCCCGUCGCCUCUCAGCCGCGCGCUGGCGAGGUUGCUGGGGUCGGAGCGCCGGGCUCCGGCCGGUCCGCGUUCCCGCCCGCCGCGUCCUGCCGAGGGACCCUGGUGAGUCCCGGGCCCUCUCCGAAAGGAGCCUUCUCCUCGGUCACUGGAGGAUGAGAAUGGAGCGCGUACUUUUCAGGGGUGUUGUGAGGAGUAGGAGAAUAAAGUAAAUAAAGUGCUUAGUGUGUAGUAGAGAAGGACUGGAAACAAGCUGGGUGCCUCGCUUGGGUAAGAACCUGGAGCGCAUUCACACCUUGGAAUCUCCCAGAGCGGCUAAUGAAGAAACAUUGUUAGGUGGAAAAGCAAGAUACAAAAUAGAGUACCUGUCCAGAUGCCCACCCGGCUGCCACAGGGGAUCCCUCUGGGAGACUGAAGGGCAGGUUCCCAGGCCCAGGUUGAGGCCAGCCAGUCCUGAGCUUUAGACCAGGGGAAUGGCAGCACCCCCAGAGCCUCAGGAUGAGGCCCCGGGGGAGGGAGAGGGGCUGCUGAUCGUCAAGGUGGAAGAUUCCUCCUGGGAGCAGGACUCUGCCCGGCAAGAGGAUAGCAGGGACUCCGAGGCCUGUCGCCAGCGCUUUCGGCACUUUUGCUACAGGGAUGUGGGCGGGCCCCAUGAGGCCUUCAGCCAGCUCUGGGAGCUCUGCUGCCGCUGGCUGCGGCCAGAGCUGCGCACCAAGGAGCAGAUCCUGGAGCUGCUGGUGCUGGAGCAGUUCCUGAGCGCGCUGCCCGGAGGCGUCCAGGGCUGGGUCCGAGAGCGGUGUCCAGGGAGUGGAGAGGAGGCCGUUGCCUUGGUGGAGGUCCUGCAGAAGCAGCCAGUGAAAGCAUGGCCACAGGAAGUGCCCUCAGAGGAGGUGGAACCCGAGGCUACGGUCCAGGGACCCCAGGCCAGGGGGCUUUGCAUGAAGGUGGGGGCGCGAAGCUGGCUACCUGCACCUUGGGAGCAGCGCAGCUAUGGUGGGUAUUUCUGUUCCAGAAAGCCUAGGGAUGCGUGUGCAUGUACACGUGUGAGAUCUCACUCCUGGCCCGGGCUGGCGUCUGUGAGCCUCUGUUCUUCUUCAGCCCAGCUUCCCGCUCUUAAAGAAGGGAGAACCAGAGAGACAGCCGACACCUGCUUUGCCUCUGAGGCCCACGGACCUGUGACAUUUGGAGACAUUCCCUUCUAUUUCUCCCGGGAAGAAUGGGGCUCUCUGGACCCUGCUCAGAGGGAACUCUUUUGGGACAUCAAGCGAGAGAACUUCCGGAAUGUUGCCCUGGCUCUGGCGCCAGAACCCAGUGGAACUGAAGAGGCCGCCCCCUCUCGGCUUGCAGGUUUGGGGCUCCGGAGCCACAGGGAGCAACCCGGGCUGGAGGAGUCGGUGACAGCACCGAGGGGCCAGGCCGGAGACGGUGGCCGUGGCACCGGCCACAGUGACGUGACUGCGUCCUGGAGCCCUGAGGAAGCCGAGGCUCGGGAGGGCGAGGCCCGGCCGGGGGCGCCUCUGGGCCGCGCAGUGGGGGCGCGGAGGGGGCGGCCGCCCGCGCGCCGGCGGCAGCUGCAGGACCUGGCGGCCGAGAAGCCGCACAGCUGCGGUCAGUGCGGCAAGCGCUUCCGCUGGGGCUCGGACCUGGCGCGCCACCAGCGCACGCAUACCGGUGAGAAGCCGCACAAGUGCCAGGCGUGCGAGAAGAGCUUCCGCAGCUCGUCGGACCUGCUGCGCCACCAGGGCGUGCACACGGGCCAGAAGCCCUUCUCCUGCUCCCAGUGCGGCAAGAGCUUCAGCCGCAGCGCCUACCUGGCCGACCACCAGCGCAUCCACACGGGCGAGAAGCCCUUCGGCUGCAGCGAGUGCGGCAAGAGCUUCUCACUGCGCUCCUACCUGCUGGACCACCGGCGCGUGCACACUGGCGAGCGGCCCUUCGGCUGCGGCGAGUGCGACAAGAGCUUCAAGCAGCGCGCCCACCUCAUCGCCCACCAGAGCCUGCACGCCAAGAUGGCCCAGCCUGUGGGCUGAGGGCUGGCGAGGGCCGGGGGUGGGGGUGGGGGGGGUCUCCCGAGGG